AUGGACGAGAAGGAGGGGACGGGGAAUCCUAACAGCCCCAAGAUCUCUUGCUGGGUCCUGAGAGUAGGCGCACGGCUUCAGUUUGGAGCUGAGUUUCGUCGGUUUUCACUGGAAAGAUCAAAACCUGGAAAAUUUGAGGAGUUUUAUGGCCUCCUGCAGCAUGUUCAUAAGAUACCCAAUGUGGACGUGCUGGUGGGCUACGCCGACAUCCACGGGGACUUACUGCCCAUCAAUAAUGACGACAACUAUCACAAGGCCGUGUCCACAGCCAACCCGCUGCUUAGGAUCUUCAUACAAAAGAAAGAAGAAGCAGACUACAGUGCCUUUGGUACAGACACGCUGAUAAAGAAGAAGAACGUUUUGACCAAUGUGUUACGUCCUGACAACCACAGAAAAAAGCCACACAUAGUCAUCAGUAUGCCCCAGGACUUCAGGCCCGUGUCUUCCAUCAUAGACGUGGACAUUCUCCCGGAGACACACCGUCGGGUUCGUCUGUACAAAUACGGCACCGAGAAGCCCCUGGGCUUCUACAUCCGGGACGGUUCCAGUGUCCGGGUCACGCCACACGGGCUGGAGAAGGUCCCUGGGAUCUUCAUCUCCAGGCUCGUCCCAGGGGGUCUGGCUCAAAGCACAGGACUGCUGGCUGUCAAUGACGAGGUCCUAGAGGUCAACGGCAUCGAAGUCUCAGGGAAGAGUCUUGACCAAGUGACUGACAUGAUGAUCGCCAACAGCCGCAACCUCAUCAUCACGGUGCGACCGGCGAACCAGAGGAACAACGUUGUCAGGAACAGUCGGACUUCCGGCAGCUCCGGCCAGUCCACCGAUAACAGCCUCGUGGGCUACCCGCAGCAGAUGGAACCAAGCUUGGAGCCAGAGGACGAGGACAGCGAUGAAGACGACAUCGUCAUUGAGGACAACGGCGUGCCGCAGCAGAUUCCCAAGGCCGUCCCCGAGGCCGAGAGCCUGGAGUCCUUAACACAGGUAGAACUCAGUUUUGAGUCCGGGCAGAACGGUUUUAUUCCUUCCCACGACGUGAGCUUAGCACCCGUAGCAAGUGGCACAAACACGGAAUUCGACACCCGAGCUCCAGAUCAGAAGCUCCUGGAGGAAGAUGGGACGAUCAUAACCUUGUGAAGCCGCAGCUGAGGUUUUCCGGGGCCUGGGGCCUGGCUAGGACUGGAGCGUACACCUGGGAGCAGGCGCGGGGUGGGCAUGGAGGAGGGCCGGCCUUGGCCUGGGGUUGAAGUGGGCAGUGCUGCUGACGUGAACCCGGGACUCCGAGCUGGAUCUAAGUCUAAGACAAGGGGCCUUGGCUUGUGGAAUCGCGUGCUGUUGUGUUUCUCUCUGGAGAACUGGAUGUCGCCGCCCAUUCCCAGACCUGCGUGAGGCGCGGGGUCCUUGUGUUUGAAGUGGCUGCAUGUUGAACUGCUGUGAGAGCCCCGUCCGUGUUCCCUGUAUGGUCUUAAAUUUGAUGCGAGGAGGGCUGGUGGCCUCCUUUGUACACUGGGGCCCUCAGUCCUUCUGUUCCCGACAUCGUGUUUUGAUUUUCCCAGUGUUGUUCCUCUGUUGUUGAUUUUAACCACUUGUUUUCUCAAAUGCAUCUUUACCCCAUUCCUGAGAAGCCGGUCGCCAUUUCCAGGAGUUGCUUCCCAGUUUGCACAGCAAGGAGCUCCGUCCCCAGUCCUGAGGCUGUGGCGGCUGCUCACCCAGGAGCUGUCCCCCAGCCGGGCCUCUUUCCAGGCCCCACUGGAGUCGCUCCCUCCGUCGUGGGUGUGCUUUGAUGGCUUUCCACGCCCUCCCUGGUACAGUCACCCUGGAUUGAACAGGUCUUCACACACAGGCAAACGUGCACUUUCCCACAGAAAACGGGGUUUUCCUUGGGCUUUCUAGGGAACUCUUCACUUUAUGAGAUGCUCGUCCGCCGCAGGUCGGGCUCCUGGCUAUUUAUUACUUCCCACCCCUCCCCUGGGACAGGGUACAAGCUGCUGCUUUCAGCCCUGGCUGGCCCGCUGGGUCUCGUGCAGACGCAGAGCGUGCAGGCCCGAGCCGCGGGCUCGAGGGGUUAUUUAUUGAUCAACCUUCGUAGGGCUAGUGUGCACACCUGUGACAGCGGUGUGCUGUGAAAACAAUGAAGAUCCCCGUGACUCCGAGUUGAAGGACGCUCUCCAUUCAUGGUGGAGCAUAUGAAGAAGCCAAGUCCUGAGGAAGUGCAGCCACUGGACUCGGGAUGGCACUGUGCCGUUCACAUCCCCACUAGGCGUGUCACCCGGAAACCGCCAGCUGCCCCUUUGGCAGCGGCAUUCCUGCUCUGACAUUCCGAGUCUUAGAAACUGCACUCUUGAGCGGCAAGAGGUCGGAAGACACAGAAGGUUCCAUUCCUGAUUGACAGAAGGUGGUUGGUGCGAGGGUCCAACAUUAAGUAAGAACACUUUACAUGCUACCUCUCCCCCUCU